CAUGGUGUCACAAACUGCAAAGAUUAAUAUAGGUUGAUAGACUUAUCCUUGUUACUGAAGACUGAAUACUGAAUAACAAAUAUAACCUUUGCUUGUUAGGUUGUAUGUCAUACCGCUCACUUUAAAUCAUUGAGCAUGCCUAAUAAGCCGAAAAAGAUAAUCAAAGCUAAGAAGAUUAAGGAAGUUGUUCAACAUGAACCUGAGGUACCAGUUAUUCGUAAAGGGAAGCCUUCAAAAGUUGCUCCGCUUCCUGAAAUAGCAAAGAAAACGGUGGCAAAGAAGAAGGUCGUCAAAAAUCCGUUAAUCCAGCGCCGACCUAAAAAUUUCGGAAUCGGACAAGAUAUUCAACCAAAAAGGAACCUUUAUCGUUUCGCCAAGUGGCCAAAGUACAUCGAGCUCCAAAGGAAAAAGGCAAUCCUAAAGAAACGAUUGAAAAUCCCACCCCCGAUCCAUCAAUUUUCUCAGACAUUAGAUAGGAACUCAGCUGGUCAAAUAUUCAACCUGGUUACCAAGUAUCAGCCUCUAAGUAAACAAGCUAAGAGAAUGCUUCUCGUUCAUCGAGCACAAUUGCGUGCUGAAGGCAAACCUGAUGAACCAACAACACGUAAACCCACUGUUCGUGCUGGUAUUCGCGAAGUGACUACCGCCAUAACUCAGAAGAAGGCUCGCCUUGUUAUAAUAGCGCACGAUGUUGAGCCAAUCGAGGUGGUACUCUUCCUUCCUGCAUUGUGCAGGAAAAUGGGUGUACCAUAUUGUAUGGUUAAAAGUAAGGCUAAACUUGGACUUCUGGUUCACCGAAAGACGUGUACUUGCUUGGCCUUCACUAAUAUUAGAGAAGAGGACAAAUCGCGGUUAUCGAAAAUAGUUGAAAUGGUAAAGAACAACUACAAUGAUCGUUUCGAAGAGAUUCGAAAACAUUGGGGUGGUGGAAUCAUGGGUUCUAAAUCCCUCGCCAAAAAGGCUAAACUUGAAAAAGCAAAGAAGAAAGAGCUUCAGAUUAAACUUGGAUAACUUUACUUUAAUACAUUUUAACGGAAAAAUCUAUUCGUCUUAUG